CACAAUUGUAUAGAUAAUCAUUCUUUUCUCGGGUAGCAUAUAAGAAGCGUGGAUCGCCGUCGCCAGGGUAACGACGCCACUCGUAUUCGAUUCGAGGCGCUGGGGCCAACGUAACAGCGUCAACGGUUCGUUUGAUGUCGGUGGGGUCUGCUAUCGUGUGGCAGCUAUCGUUGUCAUCAGAGCUUUUCUCGUACGCCCCCAACCGUUCGGAUAAUGAUGGUUUAGUUGUAUUGCCUUAUGCUGCUUUUAUGCAGAAGCUUGAAAUCAUCCGGGUCGUUUAGCGAGUACAAGAAGGUUGUUGAAGAUUCGUGCUAGAAACAGUGAUCGAUUUACGGAUACGUUCGAAAUGGGGUGCAUCUUUUGAGAGUACUGACAUACGACGGGAGAGCGGAGUCGUCGAGUACGAUGGAAUUCAAUGCAGUUCAUUUGGCCGCUGUGCUUUCAGCUAUCUUCAGCCUUUGCUGUGCUCAGAUUUACCUUGGUGGAAACUACGAUUACGACCCACGAUGUCAUAUCUCGCAGACAGUCCAGGGCGAAUGGUAUUCGAGAGAGCGUGGGGAUGACACCUUUACUACGAUCGAACAGGAAACAAUCCGAUUCAACGCAUACGAUCAGAAUACGCAGCGGAACCUGGUCAUCAACACGCGGUGUAUCAAUUUGACAAUAUACAACAAUGACAACUAUACGUUCGUUCUGCAGAGAACUGAUACACAUGUGCCAUGUUACUACUGUACGCGAAUGUUCGUGCGAACUCUCAACGUUAUCGACAAAAUUUCAACACCAUGCGUAAAUAUUAACCCUACAGAGAGGCCCGACGUGCAGACGGUUUGCCGGAAUCUCGACGUCAAUAUGGAACAGAUCACACUAUUUUCUACCAACCCUACGCCAAAAAACUGUCGCUCGUCCCUUGAAGGUGUCUGGAAGUUUGCGUAUAAAAACACGUACAGAUUCUCCGGCGAGUGCAAGCAUCCAGAUGCUAACAUUACAGCGUGCCAAGUACCUGGUAGUCAGUUCUUCAUAGACAACCAGCAGUUCCAAGUGAAUUAUCGGCAGUGUGAGGGCAUGGAAGACACCGAGGAAGGAGAAGUCCAAUUUAAGUGUCUCGGUGAUUGGUACAUUGGGAAGAACCACUUUUUCGCCGUAGUGAACUCCCGCGAAUCUCGUAUUGAUGAAAAAUAUCGUUGUUUUUUGGCUAAUAGAGAUGACGACACUUUCUUGGGAGCAUCUAUUACCCCUGAGUGUAAUGUCCUUAAGAAUCCUCAGGAUGCCCCAUCCAGAUACCACAUGGAGCAGGUGAAGACUGAAAUUAUGGAGCCACGUUGUAAGCUACCGGAAAACUUUACUGGCGAAUGGAUUAACACUGCUAACUUCGAUGCGGAUGUUAUUAUCAAUCGAACUCACAUUAUCGAGCGAUGGAAGCCUGAUACAGGCCGCAUCAAGGAACAGGUGUACGUUUGCGUCGAAAAAAGAAACAAUAGAUAUAUGAUGGCGAGACACGGAAUCAACGGAUGCCAACGUGACUAUGUUUGUUUCGAUUUCGUGCCACGACACCACUCUGUGAUUCGAUAUCGCAAAGGCAAAGAACUUCGAGAUCCAACUUUUUCUACUGUUUGUUCGUGGACUAUGUUCCGAGCUCAGCAGGAUUGGAGGUACGAUCUCUUGGUGAUGAAGAAUCCGGUAAGCAUUAAAUGUCCGGUAGCAGGCAAAUUCAAAUUCCAGCAGCACGGUGAUAUUCUGUUUGAGACUCGAAUUCGGGGCGGAGUAACCCAGAUGCCCCGCCCGAACGUCUACUGUAAAGAAAACAUUUCUGACUUCUCCGUAUGUGAUCGCGAUCAACGGACCAUCGCUGUUGAUGCCGACUAUUGUGUGUCUGUUGACCAUUUCGGCCGUCCCGUAGAUAUUUACUCCGAGCCAGACCAUAUGCUCAAAUGUAUUGGCUUUUGGCGAGAGAACCUCAAAAGCUACCUCAUUACGUAUGAAGAAGAGGACGCCUACUCUAAGUACCGCUGUUGGGUGUAUCAACGUGCUGAUCUCAACCGAAUUCUCAUGUCACUUAGUGUCGGUGCGUUCUGUCACGUUAAACAGGACGUCGUAUCUAUUAGCUCGCGGGAAGGGGCUCAAGUUGCCCUGGAUAUGGUUGAAUACGAAAGAGAACAUGACGACUGCCCGAUGUAUUUUGAUGAUGGAACCAAUCCGUAUGCGGAGAUAUCGGAGCAGGCUGCCACGUUCGAUGCUGCCACGUUCAAUGGUGCCUCUGAAGUUCCACAUUGUUCAUUAGCUGUAUUGUUGUCUAUUGUAUGGCUGAUAAUCGGCCAUAUUUGCAGACAUUUAUAUUAACAGUUUGGUGAAAAUGUCAAUCAAAUUAAAAAUUUUACGAGUUUUUUGAAGUUCAUGUGAGUAUUAUGCCUUAAACAUAAAGAAGAACACUAUGGAUUCAUUAUCGUACGACAGUUCGAUUUUUUACUAUGAGCAUUAAAACCCACUGAUGCCCUUAAAGGACAAACAAACAUUUUAUUUAUUUGAAAAAGCUCUAGAUACGCUAUUGCAAUGGUCUAUCUCUAGAAGGAUAAACUUGCUUGUAGUCUGAUAUAAAAAUUGAGAUAACGGUUUACUAUUUGCUUAAUAAUAUACGUUUAUUUAGAGAUUAACAAUUUAUUUAUAUAUUCCUUUUAGCAGACAUUAUUCUUUAUCGGUGCAAUUGAUUCUAUGCAUUGACUCCAUUACAUGGAAAGGGAAACUUUAAUUAACCCUUCGUCCUUUCGCCAUUGAGAUAUGAAUGCUUCUCGGAGCAGUGUGCAAAUAACAUGUUCACUUACCUAUCCAGUGCCUUACCAGUACCUUAACCGUCAUCGUGCAAUCAAGCGGUCUUUAGACAAAGGUCGAGUUAACGAAUACAUAUCAAGCUAACCACUAUAUAGGCAGUUUAGCAUUGUGCAGAAAUACAUCGAUUCUACGGAUGGAAGCAUUAACGAUACAUUGAUUUGAUAAGACGCCUUACACAUUAUGCUUAUAGCUCGUUUCAACAAAACUUUACCUUUCUUCCGAAUCGAACUUCCGCCAACAUACCGCUAGGGAUGUUGGACUGUUAAUAUAAUGACAUGUACGUCUUUAUUUUUCACGCUGAAAUAGGGCACACCAGAAUAAGAUAAAGCAACGCUUGCGAAUAGAAGCAUUUGAUAUAGCAAGGGAAAUUGCAAAAGCUCGAACGUCACUAUAGUAUAUUAUAUUGCCAUAGUUUAAUAUUUUGCUGCGUCGAAACGGUUCUGUGCGGAUGUACAUAUAAUGAACGCAUUUAUAAAAAAAAAAACGCUUUGUGAAUAAAUUAUUGAAAGCGAAAUAAAA